AUGGAUCGCAACGUCUAUGAAGCUUGUAGUGAUCUGAUAAAAAGAUAUAAAUCGUAUACUGCUGGACCAGAUGAAGUCUUAGCUGAAAAAUUAGAUCAUCUUGUACCCAUUCCUUUUCUUACCAGGGAAGAAUUGGAAAAAGUUGCUAGUAAUGAUAGGGACCAAGGUUUAUAUACAGGUGAAUUGAUUCCUUCUAUCGAUUUGAGAGUUCUGCAUUAUUAUGCAACGCAAUUAUGUUUGAAAAAAUAUCCUCAUUUAUUAAAUAAAUUCGAUGAUUCAAGUUUGAUCUCAUUAGGUUUGUUAGUCGAAAAAUGGGUGAAAGAUUUUUUAGUUGCAAGACAAGAUAGAACUAAAAUUAAUCCAGGAGUCUCACAAAUGUUAUCGAAGAUUGUUAACUACGAAGAAGAUCCAGCCAAUAUAUAA